CACAUGCGCACUGUAACACCGUAGCUCAACAGCUCCAGCUGUCAUUUCUCCUCCAACACUCUGUCGCGGUGGUUCGUCUUCUCCGUCAGCAUGGGUUUACUCACGGGACUCUGCGCUUUCUUGUAUCACUUACCUCAGAUUUACAAAUGGCUGCUCAAGCCGUACUAUAUCACGUCCUUCCUCUUGACCAUCUCCUUCGUGGUGGUGCGAAAGACUCCAGGUCUUUGCGAGCACCUGGUGACCCAGCGCGAGGACGGCAACUCCUGUGACUUUGACUGGAGAGAGCUGGAGAUCCUCAUGUUUCUCAGUGCAAUAGUGAUGAUGAAGAACAGGAGAGCUAUCACAGUGGAGCAGCACAUUGGGAACUUGUUAAUGUUCAGCAAAGUGGCCAACUGUAUCCUCUUCUUCAGGAUGGACAUUCGGUUUGGCAUCCUCUACCUUGCACUGUGCCUCGCUACAACUGUACUGGACUCCGCUUUGGGAAGAUAGACAUUGGUCGCUAUGAAGAGGUUUCAAAGAAGUACAGGGUUAGUACUUCUCCUCUGGCCAAGCAGCUACCUUCAGUUCUGCUUUUUCAAGGAGGACGGGAAGUUAUGAGGCGUCCAAUGGUGGACAGCAAAGGUAGAGCUGUAUCUUGGACCAUGAACGAGGAGAACAUCAUCCGAGAGUUUAACCUCAACGAGCUCUUCCAGAAAUCCAAGAAGCUGAACAAAAGCCAUGGUUUGAAGGAAGAGGAGCAGAAUGGCUCUCAGCCACAAGAGGGUGGCGAGGAGCUUCCUCCUGACACCGACAAUAUGGAGCAGCCAAAAGAGAGCAAGAAAGACCAGUGAAGAGAGGGGCUGCAUCAAGUCUUUGCUUUGCUCUUAACAUUUCUGUAACUUUCCUUAUUGUAACAGCCAAAUAUUUUUAGUUUAAGGGAAGAAAACAAGCUCCACUACCACAAGAAAUAGUCUCUACACUGUAAGUCUUUAUUGUGGGGAAAUACCCAUAACCGCUGAUCUUAUUUAAACGAUCUGUGUGUGAUGCAGAUUGAAGCAGCAGCGAUUUUGGAGCAUUUUAUUACACUAAGUUAUUGACGAACAAAAAAAGAUUUUUGCUAAUUUUUUUUCCACUUUUGUCAACGUGUCAUUGGUUCUUUUGCUGCCUGUAUUUAUUGACUGGUUUGUUUACUUUUGUGUCAGAAAAGCCAAAGUAAAAGCUUGAGGUGAAACAAA